AUGGCCCUGAGUCCUCGAGCAGCAACAGACCGUAUUUCGUCCCACUGCCCAGGAGCCCUGGAGUGGCUGAGCAGAGCCCUGUGGCAGGCGGCGGACAGGGCUGCCAGGCGGCCCGUGGCUGCCGGGCGUUCGGAGGCCCAGAAGCUCCUAAGGCUGGCGCAUCCCGAGCGCCGGAGGCUGGCAGCUGCAGUUGGGUUUCUGACGGUGUCCAGUGUCAUCACCAUGUCCGCCCCCUUCUUCCUGGGGAAGAUAAUCGACGUCAUUUACACAAACCCCUCUGCGGACUACAGCUCCAGCCUGACCCGCCUCUGCCUGGCGCUCGGCGGCGUGUUCCUGUGCGGUGCCGCGGCCAACGCCGUCCGCGUCUACCUCAUGCAGACGUCAGGUCAGCGCAUCGUGAACAGGUUGAGAGCUUCGCUCUUUUCCUCGGUUCUGAGGCAGGAGGUCGCUUUCUUUGACAAGACGCGCACCGGAGAGCUGAUCAACCGCCUGUCCUCGGACGCGGCCCUGCUGGGGCGGUCGGUGACCGAGAACCUCUCGGACGGGCUCAGGGCCGGAGCCCAGGCUUCCAUUGGCGUUGGCAUGAUGUUUUUUGUCUCCCCUAAUCUGGCCACUUUUGUUUUGAGUGUGGUGCCUCCAAUAUCCAUCCUUGCUGUGCUUUAUGGCCGAUACCUACGGAAACUGACCAAAGUCACUCAGGACUCCCUGGCACAAGCCACUCAGCUAGCUGAGGAACGUAUUGGAAAUAUAAGAACUGUUCGAGCUUUUGGGAAAGAGAUGACUGAGAUAGAGAAAUACACCAGCAAAGUGGACCAUGUGAUGCAGUUAGCAAGGAAAGAGGCAUUUGCUCGGGCUGGUUUCUUUGGAGCAACCGGGCUCUCUGGGAACCUGAUCGUGCUUUCUGUCCUGUACAAAGGAGGACUGCUGAUGGGCAGUGCCCACAUGACAGUGGGUGAACUCUCUUCCUUCCUAAUGUAUGCUUUCUGGGUUGGAUUAAGCAUUGGAGGUCUGAGCUCCUUCUACUCAGAGCUGAUGAAGGGCCUGGGUGCCGGGGGCCGCCUCUGGGAGCUCCUCGAGAGAGAACCAGAGCUUCCUUUCAAUGAGGGGGCCAUUUUAAACGAGAAGAGCUUCCAGGGUGCUUUGGAGUUCAAGAACGUGCGUUUCGCCUAUCCAGCUCGCCCAGAGGUGCCCAUAUUCCAGGAUUUCAGCCUUUCUAUCCCAGCAGGAUCCAUCACAGCGCUGGUUGGCCCAAGUGGUUCUGGCAAAUCAACAGUGAUUUCUCUCCUGCUGAGGUUGUACGACGCCAGCGCUGGAACGAUCAGUCUUGAUGGCCGUGACAUCCGUCAGCUAAAUCCGGUCUGGCUGAGAUCCAAGAUUGGGACAGUGAGUCAGGAACCAAUUUUGUUUUCUUGCUCAAUUGCGGAGAACAUUGCCUAUGGUGCAGACGACCCUUCCUCGGUGACGGCCGAGCAGGUAGAGAAAGUGGCUGGUGUAGCCAAUGCAGCUGCUUUCAUCCGACAUUUCCCUCAAGGGUUCAACACUGUGGUCGGAGAAAAGGGCGUUCUCCUCUCAGGUGGGCAGAAACAGCGAAUUGCAAUUGCCCGUGCUCUGCUUAAGAAUCCCAGAAUUCUUCUCCUAGAUGAAGCAACCAGUGCACUGGAUGCUGAAAACGAGUACCUCGUUCAGCAAGCUCUGGAUCGACUGAUGGAAGGAAGGACGGUGUUCAUCAUCGCCCAUCGUCUGUCCACCAUUAAGAAUGCCAACAUGGUAGCUGUCCUUGACCGGGGGAAGAUCACCGAGUGUGGAAAACACGAAGAACUGCUUUCGAAACCAGACGGGAUAUACAGGAAAUUAAUGAAUAAACAGAGUUUUAUUUCAGCAUAA